AUGAGUGCUGCGUUGCCUUCUAUCCAGCUGGCGGUGGACUACGGUGUGCUUUCGACGGAGAUCGCAGACUUUUUGCAGCAUUACAAGCAAGAGAGUGCGGUGCGGGAAGAUGGAGAUGGCGAGGCCGUUGGGGAGGGACCAAAGUACAUUGGAAUGUUGCAGAGGGUGGCCAACAGGGAGCUGGAUACGGUUUUUAUAGAGCUGGACGAUAUUUUCGAGUACCAGCAGAGGAAGUUUGCCGAGGGGAGUGCAGGGCGCUCUGGCGGGGCAGAUCUGGUGGCGGUCAUCGAGGAAAACACGAGCCACAUGGUCGAGCUGUUCUGUCGGGGCAUAGAUAAGCUGAUGCCGCUGCCUAAGAAGGAGAUCGACUACAAGGACGAUGUGCUGGACGUGAUCUUGAGUCAGAGAAGACUGAGGAACGAGAGAAUGGUGUCAGAGAGGACGAACGAGAUCAGGAACGAGAACUUUGUCGAUGGAAGUUCGGUUCCGUCGUCUAAUUCGGAGGCUCUGCGGGAGCUCGUGGAAGAGGAGGCGGAGUUGUUUCCGGCAAAGUUGACCAGAAGGUAUCAUCUGUACUUCAAGCCGCUGUCGUCGCGGUUCGCGCAUCACAAGAAAGAUGUAUUGUCGAGUUCGACGCCGCUGUCGGUGAGGCAGGUCAAAGGAGACUAUUUGGGGCGUCUGAUUACGGUGAAAGGGAUCGUCACAAGGGUGUCCGAUGUGAAGCCGGCGGUGCUGGUUGUCGCAUAUACGUGCGACCAGUGUGGUUACGAAGUGUUCCAGGAGGUGCAUUCUAGGACGUUCACCCCGCUUGUCGACUGUACUUCGAAGGAAUGCUCGCAGAAUCAAACCAAGGGCCAGCUGUUUAUGACCACAAGGGCCUCUAAGUUCAGUGCGUUCCAGGAUUGUAGAAUUCAGGAGCUUUCACAGCAGGUGCCGAUGGGUCACAUUCCAAGAUCGCUCCCGAUUCAUAUUGACGGUCCGCUCGUAAGAUCAGUUUUGCCUGGGGAUAUCGUGGAUAUUACUGGGAUCUUUCUGCCGGCUCCCUACACAGGUUUCAAGGCGCUGAAGGCAGGUUUGCUGACGGAAACUUAUCUUGAAGCACAGUAUAUUCAUCAGCAUAAGAAGAAAUUUGCCUCCUUCGAUCUGUCAUAUGGCGUUCAAGACCGCAUAGCGCAGUUGAUCUCGGAAGGCGACGUUUAUGAGAGGAUGGCCAAGUCUAUCGCACCUGAAAUCUACGGCCAUCUCGAUGUAAAGAAAUCGCUGCUGUUGCUGCUGGUUGGGGGUGUGGAGAAAAGAGUCGGUGAUGGGAUGGAAAUUAGAGGUGACAUUAACGUUUGUCUCAUGGGAGAUCCCGGUGUCGCUAAAUCGCAACUACUGAAAGCCAUCGUCAAAAUCUCCCCGAGAGGCGUUUACACCACGGGUAAGGGUUCCUCUGGUGUUGGUUUGACCGCAGCAGUAAUGAAAGACCCAGUCACCGACGAAAUGAUUCUAGAAGGUGGUGCGUUGGUCUUGGCCGAUAAUGGUAUUUGUUGCAUUGAUGAAUUCGACAAAAUGGAUGAAAGUGAUAGAACAGUGAUUCACGAAGUCAUGGAGCAGCAAACAAUUUCCAUUUCCAAGGCUGGUAUUAAUACUACUUUGAAUGCGAGAACUUCAAUACUGGCUGCAGCAAAUCCGCUGUAUGGUCGGUAUAACCCAAGGCUUUCGCCUUUAGAAAACAUCAACUUGCCAGCUGCGUUGUUGUCCCGAUUUGAUGUGCUCUUCCUUUUGCUAGAUAUGCCUAACAGAGAACAAGAUGAAAAGCUGGCAGAACACGUUGCAUAUGUGCAUAUGCACAAUAAACAGCCUGAUCUGGACUUUACUCCAAUAGAACCUGCUAGAAUGCGAGAGUAUAUUGCCAUGGCAAAGACUAAAAGACCUGUCAUGAGCGAAAGUGUUAAUAAACAUUUGGUUCAGGCUUAUGUUCGACUAAGGCAGGACUCGAAAAGGGAGUUGGAUUCAAAAUUUUCGUUCGGCCAGGCAACGCCGAGAACGUUACUAGGAAUAAUAAGAUUGUCUCAAGCGCUGGCUAAACUAAGACUGGCAGACACUGUUGAGAUUGAUGACGUGGAGGAGGCUCUCAGAUUGGUAAAAGUCUCCAAGGAAUCACUUUAUCGGGACAACAGGCGUAGGAACCAGGAAGAGGAGAAUCCAACCACAAAGAUUUUCAAUAUAAUUAAGAAGCUGGCUCAGGAAUCGGGAAAUGAGUUUAGACAAGCUCUGCCGUACGAGACAAUCGUUAAAACCGUAAGAUCUAGAGGCUUUACCAUGGUACAACUGAAUUCCUGUAUUCAGGAAUACAGCUACCUUAACGUUUGGCAUUUGAUUAACGACGGAACUCAGCUGAAGUUCGUUGACGACGGCUCCUUUGAUGAGCCUUCACCAGAGCCUCCGAGAGUCGCCCAACCUGCAUCGACAAACAAUCAAACUGAGGUGAGAGCUGUUGAAUCGGACUCAGAGAUGCAAGACGCCUAG